AUAAAAGCAUUAAGAAAUUUUACAAAUCGAUUUUUCUAUGUUCUUCUUUAUACUUUUGUAACCAACGUAAGAAUAGUGCAUUCGAUCAAGAACGUUCGGUAGGAUUUCUUCGGGCAUAGAAAAUCUUCCACGUCACGUACCACCAAGCGUUGUCAUUACGCUGAUCGUUUUGUAAGAGUCUUUCGAUCGGAGAGGCAGCGCAUAGAAAGUAGACGUUAUAUCCUUGAUGGGAAUUAAACGAGAGAGUUCUUUGAAAAGAUACAUUGAUACGCAGAUCAUGGAAUCUACGUGGCAGUUAAUGACAACAGUCAUUUUCUUUUUGGUUCAAUUGAAUAUAUUACACGCCCAUCGGGAACAUAAGGUCCACAACAUAGUACUCUAUCCAGACAAGCACAGUUGGUGCAAAACGACGCCUAUCAAGCAGGUAGUCGCGUGGCCUCAAUGCUCAUCCCAAGAGCUCGACAACAACGUGUGCGUUGGAGCUUGUUUCUCUUACAUGGUACCCCACAGCGAGCCGUCUGCUCCUGGUGAUUUGAUAAGACCCUAUUGCGACUCGUGUCAGCCUCUCGACAGUGUUUGGCAUACAGUUACCUUGGAUUGUAAGGAUGAGGGAAAUAAUCCUAUGACUAUGCAGAAAAAGGUUCAAAUAAUAACGAACUGUUCCUGCAGUUCGUGCAUGGAGACAUCUAGGAUCAAACCUGAUUACAAUACUUUACUUCAAUCAUUGGCGGUCGAAAAUUUGGAUAAGAACGUUAACGUUGUUCACGAGACACCAGAUCUUUUAUUGAAUCCUAAUUUAAAUUCAUCGAAGAAUACAACAAGAGACGGUGUGGAAGCUAACGAAAGAUUUCUGCAAUUGUUCAAGCAAGGAUUGAAGGAUUCAGAGAAAUUAGACGAGACAGGUGCGAAGGAACUUUUUUCGAAAUUCGGAGAGGAAAUCGAUAUGGACAAGUUGAGGGAUUUGUUGAAGAAAUAUAGUCAAGAGGACGAGAGGCAUCAACAACAUCAACAAACUAAUAAACAACAACAACAACAACAGCAACAACAUCACGGUGCUACAACGAUGCUACAUCGAGGUCCUCAUCAUUCGAUGGUUUUGGAUUCUGGUGUUAAAGAAAAAAUCGACGUUGAGCCACAUUAUUUACAUCCAGCGGUGGCUGGUCAAGAGAUCAGUUAUCAUGACAACGUUGUCGUCGACAAGGGCAAGAAGAAAGAUUUUUGAGAUCUUUCGAUCGAAAAACGAUCGUCUCGUUUUACGAAAUUGGAUGCCGACUUGGGUUCUUCGAACGAGUUGGACGACGAACGAGCGGAUCGUAGAACGGACUAAUUGUAAGCGAAGGAACGACAGUUUCCCAUGCUGAUUCCACGAGAAUUGAUCGGUAAGGAAUUUCAUGCCUGAUCCAAUCUUAAGGCAUCAACACAAUACAGUAGAUAGCAAUCUUAUUCUUUCAUUUUCGUUUUUAUUUUUCUUUUUUUUUCUUUUUCAUUUUUUUUUGUUUCCUUGUUUUUUGUUUUCUCUCUCAUUAAUGAUAAAGAUAUUUAAACUGCUUAAGGGACAUGCAAUUUUAAUUAUUCACAAUCGAAUCAUUCUUCAGCUUAACUUUUUUACAUGUAUAUAGAUAAUAGUACAUUUUUGUUAAAUUAUUCUGCACUUGUCAAUGCUACGAAUUUGUUCGUUCGUAAGAAUUCGAACGAGGAUAUCGAGAGAAAUAGAGAUAAAUAGAAAAAGAAGGAGAAGGGCAUAAAAAAUAGAAAGAGAGAGAGAGAGAAAGAGAGAGAGAGGGAGAGAAAGCACGUGAUCGGAUUCGAUACCGUGACUUUCGAAUAUUUCGUGUUUCGAUUUUUCGAAAAUCGAUCAUGUAUAGAUUAAAAAUAAAUGAAAAGCUAGAGUUUUCUUGUAAGUUAAUCUCGUAUUCAUUGUUGAAAGUGAGAGUGAGAGAGAAAGAAAAUGAGGGAGAGUGAAAGAAAGAGAGAAAAAGAAAGAGAGAGAGAGAGAGAGAGAGAGAAAAUUUUAAUAUAUAUUUAAUUAUUAUUGUGUUAACUAUUUAACAAAAUCACGCCUUUCGCAUAAGUUCAUAUCAGGUAACAAAAACUUUUUUUAAUUUGUUUAUAUAUAUAUAUAUAAGUUCAUAUAUAUAUAAUAAACCGGAAGGAAAAACGUGGAUGCGCUUUUUGUCUUUUAUUUUUUUAUUUUUUUAUUUUUUUUUAUUUUUUUUUUUCAUCAUCGUUUCUACGUUUUUAUUAAUGGAUUGUAACUGUCAUUGUUCUCGUAGAGAAUAAUAAAAGAACGAUCGGUAACAAGA